GGAUGACAGCAGAGAGGACAGCCCCCCGAGCACUUCCGCUUUCGUCUGCUAGGACUUGAUAGCAUCUGCAGCUACCCUGCGUAAACUUCAUAAUUUGAAAAUUUCCACAUUUUAUCAGGUCAACGCCAUAAAAUGCAACGUAUUUUAGCGGGUCUUUAUGUGAUAGACCGACACAAAGUAGCGCAUAAUUGUGAAAUGUAAAAAGAAAUAUGAAACAGUGUGAUAAACAAAGCAACUAUAUACGCUUAUUUAUCUUUUUUUAUUUAACGUGCUGCCAGGCGGCGUUGUAGCUUACAUAUUACUGUUCAAGGCAGGUACGCUAACUAUAACAAAUAGACGCUACAGCUAAGUUUGCAUAAACUAACGAGCUCUAACCAGGUCUAAGCGCUUCUGACUACAUAUCCCGUCAUCCCACGCGGCACUAUUUUGCAUCAGUGACGCAUUUUGGGCGCGUCUUGUUUCGUCAACUGAUUCUGUAUGCCGUUACAAUCGGUUUCCACCAGUGAUGUCUCAGCAGGCCCAGCAGACGGGGGCCACGGCCCCUGACUCUCCCGUGAUGGUCGUCACAAGUAACGUGCAGAAAUAUGCCAUAAAGAAGAAGAAGGUCCUCAGUGCUGAAGAGAGUGAACUCUUUGAAUUGACCCAAGCUGCAGGGAUCACAGUGGAUCAGGAAGUGUUCAAGAUUAUCGCGGACCUGCUGAAGAUGAACGUGGCCCCUCAAGCAGUUUUCCAGACGCUGAAGGCGAUGUGUGCGGGCCUGAGAGUCCCUGAAAGCUCCGCAGAGUCCUCGCACACAGCCAGCACGACCGCAGCGCCUCCAGAGGUCAAAGUGCGCAAUAAACCCGGAGCAAGCCAGAGUGAGAAGAGUCGAGAGAACUCCAGCCAGAAGGUGCAGCGGCAGCCAAGCGCCACCAGAGGGCAGAAGACCAAGAGCUCAGGCAGCAGUAGCUCUUCGUCACAAAUAAACUCCUCAUGAGAGGCUCUUCAGUGUGGGACCUUAUGUAAAUAUGUAGGCUUUGUUUCAUAUAAAUUAUUUGUUUUACUCUGUCACUGUUUACGUUUCAAAUGGUUAGAAUUAUUUGCUCUUUGUUUUGGUGUUUUAUGUCCAUUUGGCUUGUCAACAACAAAAGAAAUGUUACUUUUUCAUCUUGACCUUCAUUUUGACAAAUAAUACUCAACAUUUAAAACCGCCCUUCCUCUUUAGUGAGUGUGCUUUCAGCACAAGGGAUGAUGGAUUGCUUUGCAAACAAAAAGUAUCUCCUUAUCCGUCCAUUAAUAUAGUUGUUGCUUGACAAAUGGAGCUUUUACCUUAAGUGACGUACUAAUGGUAAUGUCAAAUAUUUACGUUUUUUUAUUUUAAAAACCCAAAUGUGUGCAUGUUUUUAUAUCAUUAAACUCAAAUAAAAAUCUGAUUAACUUGC